AUGGGUUCUGACUCGCGCUACCAAGUGAUCGCAGGGGCGUCGGAAACUGGCGGUGCAGAGGCUCUGCUGGCCAGCUGGAAACGGGCCCGGGAGGCGCAGGCGCCGGGCAGCGCCGCUGCUGUGCAGGGGAGGAUGACCGAGCGCAAGACCCUGGCGCAGCUGCUGGGCGAGACGCCCGGCAGGAAGUCGCUAGAAGUGGAGGUCGUGGGCGUUGUGCACAGCAUGGAGAAGCUGGAGGCCAAGUUCCAGGGCAAGCAGUGGCACUCAGACCCGGAGGAAGGCAACCUGCACCGCGGCCUGUGGAUUGUGGACAACAGCAGGGAGGGUGAGGUGCUGGCGGCCAAGACCUACCUGUGGAACGAGCAGGCCACCCAGCUGGGAGAGCAGCUGGCGCAGGCGGUGGAACGGGGCGAGGCGCCAAUCCUCUCCGUCUCUCCAAUCGAGAUCUCUUACCUUCACAAGGCCACGCUGGGCACCAAGCGGGCGGGCGGCACCACCUUCAAACUAGAUCCGCCCCUCCCGCUGGCUGGCCCGCUCAGCGACCGGGAGCUGUGCGACGGCCUGCGCUCCUGGUACCGCGGCGAGGGCAUGGCUGAAUCUGCAGAGGUGGCGGCGAUUUCCGGCAGGCGGCUACAGAGGGCCAAGGUGCAGCCCGGCCCCAAGGCAGCGGCCUUUGGGGCGGCGACGAUGGGCGUGGCGCCGAGGAAGAAGGCGGCUGACAAGCGGGGCGCCAGCGCAGGUGCCAGCGCACAGGACCACAAGAAGAAGCAGAAGAACAAGGGCAUCUAG